AUGGUCGAAGUUUCCCCCACACCAGGACCAGUCCACGACGGAUUCGCAGGCCACCUCGGACACCUCACACAACCCCAACAAGCCUUUCUAGAAACCUUCCGUGAGAACCUCACUUCUGCCGGACUAUAUACCCCCGCCUCGAGCGACGGAACCUCGCCUGCGUCGUGUGACGAUGCUACGCUAUUGAGGUUCCUCCGCGCCCGAGGCUUCUCACCCACACACGCCCAAACCCAAUUCGCCGCUACCCAACAAUGGAGGAAAGACCAUGAUGUCGAUAGACUAUACCCCACUUUUGACGGUGAUGAGUUUGAGGAGGCCAAGAGGUUUUAUCCGAGGUGGACGGGGAGGAGGGAUAAGCAUGGAUUACCGCUAUACGUAUACCGUCUCGCCUCGCUAGAAUUGGUGCAGAAGGAACUGGACGCUGUACCUGCUCCAAGACGGUAUCAACGGAUAAUAUCACUCUACGAAUACAUGACCCUCUUCACAUUCCCCCUCUGCUCCUCCCUUCCAAACCCCUCCUCCUCUUCCACAACACCCACACCCAUAUCAAGCACAACAUCCAUAAUCGACCUCUCCCACCUCUCCUUCUCAUCCAUCUGGAAACUCCGGCAUCACCUCCAAGAAGCCUCCCGCCUCGCAACCGCAAAUUACCCAGAAACGCUAGGGAUGGUGGUUGUUGUUAACUCGCCUUCGUAUUUUCCUACUAUUUGGGGGUGGAUCAAGGGAUGGUUUGACGAAGGCACCCGAAACAAGAUAUACGUUCUCGGUCGGGACCCAGGUCAGACGCUGCGUACCCUUAUAGACGCACAGAACCUCCCCAAGGCGUAUGGAGGUGAGCUGGAGUGGACGUUUGAGGAUGAGCCGAGCUUGGAUGAGGAUGCGGGGAAGGCGGUUGGGGGGGAGAUGCCGAAGGGUCCGGCGGUCUUUGUGGAUGGACGGGUGGAGAGGUUGGGGAAGAGUAAGACCUGA